AUGACUGAAUUUGUCUACCAAGGAGAUGAUUUUGAAGACAAAGUCAGAAAGCAAGUCGAGUUUUACUUUUCAGAUUCCAAUUUACAACAAGACAAGUUUUUAUGGAAGAUUUACGAAGCAAAUGAUGGCUGGGUUGAAUUAAAGACUAUUUUGACAUUUGGAAGAAUGAAACAAUACAGACCAGAGGAAAAAGUCAUUGAAGCUUUGAGAUCAAGCAAGAAAUUGGAAUUGUCCGCCAACAAUGACAUGAUCAAAAGAAUAGAUCCAUUGAAGGAUUUCAAUGAGAUCAAAAACACCAAAAAGAGAAACACUGUACACAUCGAAGGGUUUCCACAUGAUUUAACUCAAGAGCAAGUCGAAGCAUGGUUUGAAGAGAAGAUCGCUCCACACUUGCAAAAGGAGAAAGCAAUCAAUUCUGUGCGUAGAAUCAAAAGCAAAGCAAAGAAGGAAUUUUUCGGUGUUGUUGACGUUGAGUUGACAAAUGAGGAGGAUGCUCAGUAUUUAGUGAAGGAUGUCGAAAUAUCGUUCGAUCAAGGUAUCCUUAGCAAAGAAGCUGCACAAGAUAUCGACAAAAAGGAUCUUUUAAAGAAAAUGACAUUGUUGACAUUCCAAGAAAUGAGAGAAAGUGGUAAAAGAUUUGGUCAAAAUGAAGUUACCAAGAGACGUAACAGUUUUAAUGAAAACAACAAAGGUAAGAAGCAAAAGGGAGGUAAGGGUAAGAAGUUUGAUCGUAAAAAGGGUGGCGAUGGAUUUGAUUCAGCCGAGUCUAAUGAAAAGGGCAAUGCAUCAGAAAGCGCCAUAGAUGAUGACAAGAUCCCUGAGGCCGAUGAAAGUAAGGAGGCAGGGGAGCUAAAGAAGGAAGAUACUACAGCAGGUGAAACAGCUGGGGUUUCCAAGUCAACCGAUGAUGCCACUAAGCAAGUAGAGAAAAAUAACGCCGGUGUCAAAGAAUCUGCAGAUUCCAAUGAUCAAGAUGCCUCGAAAGACGAUACGAAAGAGUAA